GGCAGAGGGGAGUGUCCAUUGACAAGCUGCCAUGUAUGCAGUGGUUUCUACACUCUUGUUUUGAUAAUAAACGCAAUUUUGGCCGAAAAUUGAACAGCGUAUUUUCCGAUCGUGCUGUCUUACAAUCUCGACCUUCUGACGGAUGAGCAAAUGUCUGGAAUGUGUGGAAGUUAAAACUUGGUUUCAUCAAUACCAAAAAAGGCAACCAUCUAAGUAGAUAGAUUUUUUCGAGUUUGUGCCACUAAGGUCGAGGAAUAUUCGCGAUGAGGUCCGCCGGAGUUACCCUUCUGAGCGUCGUAAUGACGGCUGCCGUCAUUGGCAAUGCAUUCUACCAGAAGAAGCAAUUUUAUCCAUCAGUGGUGUACAUCACUAAAUCCAACCCUUGCAUGGCUGUCAUGUACAUACAAGCCUUUGUAAUGGUCAUCCUCAUGGGUAAACUCAUGCGCAAGGUGUUCUUUGGACAGUUGAGAGCUGCUGAAUUUGAGCACUUAAUGGAAAGGUCAUGGUACGCGGUGACAGAAACUUGCUUGGCUUUCACAGUCUUCAGGGAUGACUUCAGCCCGAAAUUUGUGGCUCUGUUUACGGUGUUACUGUUCCUGAAGUCAUUCCACUGGUUGGCGGAAGAUAGAGUUGACUUUAUGGAGAGAAGUCCUGUUAUAUCUUGGCUUUUCCAUAUCAGAGUAAUUGCGCUCCUGUCAGUUCUUGGCUACAUGGACUACCUGUUUGUGGGCCAUGCCUAUCAGUCCACAGUCACAAAAGGAGCAUCAGUCCAACUGGUGUUCGGCUUUGAAUAUGCUAUUCUAUUGACCAUCAUCUGCAACAUUGCCAUCAAAUAUGUUCUCCACACAGUUGACCUGCAAAGUGACAAUCCAUGGGAAAACAAGGCAGUGUUUCUUCUCUAUACAGAACUCGCAAUGGGAUUUGUUAAAGUGGUGCUCUACGUCACCUUUGUCGCAAUCAUGGUUCGAAUCUACACACUGCCCCUGUUUGCGUUCAGACCUAUGUACUACACGAUGAGGGCGUUCAACAAAGCCUUCAACGACGUCAUACUUUCUCGAAGAGCCAUCAGGAACAUGAAUACUCUCUACCCUGAUGCAACUCCAGAAGAACUCUCUGCUGCUGAUAACGUAUGCAUCAUCUGCCGAGAGGAAAUGGUCACUGCCUCCAAGAAACUGCCAUGCAACCACAUUUUCCACACGUCCUGCCUGCGCUCCUGGUUCCAAAGACAGCAAACCUGUCCUACAUGCCGCCUGAACAUCCUGCAGACGCCUCCCGUGACCCAACAGCAACAGCAGGCCGCCAACAAUAACGCCGCUCCGCCUCCCGCCCAGCCUGGUGCCGCACCCGUUGGAGCAAUGCCUCAGGGCGCGAUGCCGCCCAAUCCAUUCAUGAUGAUGGGCAACAAUUUGUGGCCACCGUUCCAAAUGCCUCCUGCUGCCCCACAACCACCAGCUGGAACUGCUGCUCCCUCUGGUGCCACACCUGCUGAUGGCGCUACCAGUGCUCCUCAGGCUCCAUUCACCCCUCAAGCUGGCCCAAGUUCUGCAUCUGCUGCCGGAACUGCCACAAAUCCAUUCCUUUGCAUGCGGUUCCCGAUGCUGCCCUUCAUGGUUCCUCCUCCACUGCCUCCAAGAGACUUCACUGGUUUGAGUGAAGAGGAGUUACAAAACUUAGAAGGAACAACCCGCGAGGCUAUAGAGGCCAGGAUUCGUACAAUGCGACAGAUAGUAAUGAUGCUCGACUGCGCUUCUGUUAUGGCCAGUCAGAUAACCGCCAUUAUUCCUCCCAGUUAUCCAACUGCAACACCUGCUAGCCAACCUGCAAACUCAGAAGAUGCGGGAUCAGCACCUACUGAACCUCAGCCUAGCACUUCAUCAGAUGCUCCACCCACUUCUUUUGUAAAUCAGACUGAAAACUCAACUGCCGCUCCUUCGGCCCAGGAAGCAGAGCAGUCAAAUCCUAGCAUGCCGGAGAGAAGUGGCAGUCCUUCAACUUCAGCAAUGAAUUCAGAGCAAGAAGAAAUACGAAGGAGGCGGCUGCAGAAGUUUUCGUCUCAGUUGCCUGACAACCCACAAGCUGAUAACACUUCCAACGAGCACUGAAUAUGUCUGUGAUUUUUAAUUAGGAUAUCAAGAUUUGAAUCCGUUAUUGAUGAUUUAACGAAGUUCAAAUUGUAGUCACCUGCUAUGUAAAUAUAUAUUAAUGGAUAAAAUUGAGCAUUAAUUCCGUGCUGUUGGAUGGGACUUUCUUAUUUACUGAGUGUUGCAAAGAGAAUGUUUUUGAGUUAAUAAAAUUGACUUUCCAUUA